AUGGCAAUGACAGGCCCAACGCCAUGCUCGUCCAUGAGUAAUCACACCAAGGAGCGAGUUACGAUGACAAAGGUGACGUUAGAAAACUUCUACAGCAACCUCAUCGCGCAGCAUGAAGAACGAGAGAUGAGACAAAAAAAACUAGAACAGAUGAUGGAAGAAGAAGGCUUAAAAGAUGAAGAGAAAAGAAUCAGGAGGUCAGCACAUGCACAGAAGGAAACAGAGUUCCUUCGCCUGAAGAGAACGAGGCUUGGUUUGGAAGACUUUGAGUCUUUAAAAGUCAUAGGCAGAGGAGCAUUUGGAGAGGUGCGACUGGUCCAGAAGAAAGAUACGGGGCAUGUUUAUGCGAUGAAAAUACUGCGUAAAGCUGAUAUGCUUGAAAAAGAGCAGGUUGGCCAUAUUCGUGCGGAGCGGGACAUUCUGGUGGAGGCAGACAGCUUGUGGGUUGUGAAAAUGUUCUACAGUUUUCAGGACAAGCUAAACCUCUACCUGAUCAUGGAGUUCCUGCCUGGAGGUGAUAUGAUGACUCUGCUGAUGAAAAAAGACACUCUAACAGAAGAAGAGACACAGUUCUACAUAGCCGAGACCGUGCUAGCCAUUGAUUCUAUUCACCAGCUGGGUUUUAUCCAUCGGGACAUAAAACCAGACAACCUUCUCCUGGAUAGCAAGGGUCAUGUGAAACUCUCAGAUUUUGGUCUGUGUACUGGACUAAAGAAAGCCCACAGAACAGAAUUUUACAGAAACUUGAACCAUAGUCUUCCUAGUGACUUCACUUUCCAGAACAUGAAUUCCAAAAGGAAAGCAGAGACUUGGAAGAGGAAUAGACGGCAGUUGGCUUUUUCUACUGUGGGUACUCCGGAUUACAUUGCCCCUGAAGUUUUCAUGCAGACUGGAUACAACAAGCUUUGCGACUGGUGGUCGCUUGGGGUCAUCAUGUACGAGAUGUUGAUUGGUUAUCCACCGUUCUGCUCUGAGACUCCUCAAGAAACGUACAAGAAAGUAAUGAAUUGGAAAGAGACUCUGACAUUUCCUCCGGAAGUUCCAAUAUCUGAUAAAGCAAAGGAUCUUAUUUUAAGAUUUUGCUGUGAAUGGGAGCACAGAAUUGGUGCAUCUGGUGUGGAGGAAAUAAAGAGUAACCCAUUCUUUGAAGGGGUUGAUUGGGAACAUAUCAGAGAGAGACCUGCUGCAAUUUCGAUAGAAAUUAAAAGCAUUGAUGAUACCUCAAACUUUGAUGAAUUUCCGGAAUCUGAUAUCCUUAAACCAACAGAGACCGACUACAAGAACAAAGACUGGGUUUUUAUCAAUUACACCUACAAGCGUUUUGAAGGUCUGACAGCUCGAGGAGCAAUACCAUCCUAUAUGAAAGCAGGAAAGUAA